UUCGCAUUGGCUAACAACUUGUAUCGAGGGCAACUUCCUCUGCAUUUACAAGAUAUCUCUUGGAUCGAGGAGAAGAUAUGCACGAUCUAUUGUGUCACAGCUCAUGUGACUCGCUUAUUUCAGUCCUCUGAUCCUGCACAGCCUAAGGUCUUCUAUGGAAACACUUGUGCACAUGACAUGAACAUUGUGUCCAUGGCCUCGGUCCUUCCACGUAUGCCAUCUGACGUUAAUGGCCUCCUGAGCAUUAUCUUCAUUGGACCUGGCAGAUUUAAUGCCAAACAGCUUGGCACAGUCUUUCGUGUUCGUAAACUUAAGAUCUGGGCUUUUCUUCUUUGGCUCAAGAACCACAACCAAAUUUAUGCAAGUAUACCUUUGGACUCAGCUAUAAUUUCCAUGUACCCUGAUGAUGACAUCUUGCCAGGGCUAUCAGAAUGCAUGAUU